UGCGUGUUCUUACAAAUUUUGUGUAAAUUAUCAGUUAUUUGUGCAAAAUGGAGCCUUUAUUUCAGUUACAUAUUAAGGAUAUCGAUAUUUUGCUUAUAAAUACAAAGGAGAGAUUGAUGUUAGGCGAUGAAUAUUCUCAGAUCAAAUGCAUCGAUCGAAUAUCCAACUUAUUCAAAAAUGGUGACGUUGUGAAGAAAGAGGCAGUUCUUUCAAAGUUAAUCAAGUUCGACAUACUUUCGAUUAUAUUUGAAAUUUUACAAACCUCCAGUGAUCGUUUACUUCCAUGUAUUCUUGAUUUUUUGGAUUUGGUAUUAAUAUAUCGAAAGUUUUACGAAAGUCACGUAGCCACAGAUGCCUUGGAUUCCAUUUUGAAAAUUACAGUUUGCAUUCUAAAAUCUCGUUGUAAAGAAACUCAAAUAUUAGAGAAGCUUAUUUCAAGUAUUUAUGAUAUACUUUAUAGAGCAGUAGAGUUCAAUAUGGAUUUCAACGUAGUUUGUGUACCGAGACAAGUACUAAUUCUUCUAAAAUUAUUGAUCUUGGAAAAUCUUUGGGAUCAAAAGAUAAAAUUUUCUUCCAUUUUGUUAUUGAAUCUCGUUCUUGAAAACGUUGAUGCUGAAGACGAAUGGGAUGACGGUGUAUAUGAACUGUGUCACAAAGCUCUCAAUUUAAUGAAAGAGAUCGUCGAAUAUAGCGACGAUGAUGUCUCGGUCUCGUAUGCUGCGAAUGCAUUGUGUGCUGUUUGCUCCUCUUCUACACGGUUAUGCAUCACGGAAGACGACAAUCGAGGAUUCUUCGACAAAGUCUCGAAGUUCAAAUCCACCCUGACAAAGACGAUCCGCACAGUAACGAUGAACACGUUGAUACCUUACGUUAAAAAUACAGAAUCAAACGAAACGGACAGGGUUAAAUUCCAUAAGAAUCUUGUGACUUGUCUGAACAACCUUUACAAGCUGAGCAGUCGCUGCGGUCGCGACAACUUGUCAAACCACUUGACCGCCAAUGGAUAUCUGAAGUACUUCUUGCUGUUAACCAUCAGACUUCCAGAAAUCUUACGACGUAGCACUUGCAUGCUAUUAUCACGGAUUAUAAUCACUUUAGCCGAUAAAUCCAUGCCAAUUAUUCAAUCCACAAGUCGAGAAAUAAGCUUUGAAAAUUUGGUGCAUCAAGGAUUAUUGGAUCUUCCAAAAGAUCCCGAACAAUGGAUGAACAUCAUAGCUCAUCAUCAAGGGAAUAGCGCGACUGCCUUAAUGACUCUAAUUUACUAUCACUUCCAUGGAACCAGAGAAACCGAUAUGAUAUGCUUGAAAUCACUGAUAGAAAGGAUCGUUAAUCUUCCUAAAUCCGAGCAGAUACCGGCUCAAAUUUUGAAAAUUUUAUGGUUUCUGUUCGCUGUUGCGUCCGUAUCGCAUCCAUCGCCGAGAUUGGAACAGAAUUACGACAAAGCCGUGAAACGAUUGGCAGCUGCGUUACAAUAUUCCAAGUUGAACGAUUGUUACACUCAUCACAUAGAUUUGAUGCAUUAUUGUCUGAAUUGCCACGAAUUUCCCAAGGAUCUGCGAAACCGAGCGAUGGAUCUGUGGUUGAUUGAAUCUGACGGUGACAUCAAACCAUUGUUAACUCUGGAUUGUGCAAAAGUUGUACAACAUUAUUUAUUGCUUGUUAUACAAACGGGAUACUCGGAUAAGAUAAUCAAUCUUGCGAUGAAGGGGAUUAGAGAGAUGAUACGUGUGGAUAAUUGCAAGGAAAUUGCGGAGAUUACCUGGCACAUAUUGCCUAAUCUUCUUUCAUCUUAUCAACCAUCGAAAGACGAGCAAAUAAAAGCUGUAUUAGAGCUGACCAAUGUGUCCAUUCCGGAUUCCUUAUCACCGAGCAUCAGGAACAGGUGCGCGGACAAUCUUAUAUCCAUCUUCCUACAUCAAGAAGGGGACUUGAAGCUGAGGACACUAGUAAUAAUGCAGUCGUACGCGUUGCUGGUCACGUCCAUGACGGUCAAACCGUUCACGAUUCUAGACAAGUAUUGCAUGGCAUCAAGAUUCUUGGAAGAAUUGCUCGCGCAAGGUUUCUCGAUCGAAACGCCUGAAUUAUCCGCUGUCUGCUUGAAACUCCUCGCGUAUAUUGUACACUGUCAAGAAAAAUCGUCGAUCCAGCGUGGUAAGCCGGUGACGAUUGACGUGCAGAGCUUAGCCGAUUUGCUGUUAAAUACGAGGAGCUACGUCCACUCGUCGAUCAAUGGAAUGCAACUCACGCUGGAACUUUUAACUCAAAAUAUUGACGGAUCACCUGUCAGACUGAACGAGAUCCCUGACGAUCGAGCGGAGGGUUUGAUCAAUCUCUACGAGAUCCUUCAUACCGUUCAUGAAAGAUGCGAGCCAACGCAAAGAGAUAUUGUGUACCAAUGUCUCCAAGGUGUCUUGAAAUUCUGCCACGUAAAUGUCGAGUCUCUGAUGUAUCAUAUGUGCACAUUGAUGAGCAACUAUGAUAUCGUAUCUUCUAUCCUGGAGACAUGCCACGUAAGCUAUCACUUUCUCGAGUUCGUUUCAACCUGGCUCCGCUAUCGAAAAAGAUAUUGCAACGAUGAAGGACCGUGGAACGCGAGAUCACUUUGCAAGACUCCGUUCGAGGAAACUUUGGAUCAGAUCAAGAGCUACGUUGAUAUGGUAAAGAAUUUGAGAACCGAUACAGCGUUUUACAAUCUUCUCUACGCGUUAUCGCAAUAUAAGGAAUAUUUGGGAGAAACGUGAAUGAAAUAUACAGCCUUGAGAAGCUUUGCUUUAACAGUUUAUUCGAUCCGUGCAACAUUGCUCGAUAACAUCGUUAACAUGUUAAAUACGUGCGUACAAAAAGUA